GCUUUAAAUACUGAUGGCCAUCCAAACUUACUUGUGUUAUAUAUUUUUACUUACUUUAUGUUGUGUUUCAGUUGCUGGAAUUCGGAGUUUAGUAUCAAUUUUUUCUGUAUUAUUUUAGUUCUACUGUACAGCAGUAUGUGCAUAUCAUCAGUAUUCUAUUUGACUCGAUGCUUUUUCUAGAUUGCUGUUCUCAUUCUAUAUUUUGGCAGUUGAACAGCUUAGUUUUCUUUUUAAGAUUGAGAUGAUUUUUUUUUUAGUUUUAGAAACUACGGUAUUCUAAAUUUAGUGCUUUCUGAUAGUGUUGUGGUCAUUGCAUUUGCAUGUUUAAAAAAAUGUGGUUUUGCAGGAAUAAUGGAAUUAAAUGGAAGGCUUGUCUGUUACACUAGUCUCUUUAUGUAAAAUCUCUGUGGGAACUUUGAACAGUAUAACUCUAUCAUUACCAUAAAGACAGUGUUGAUUUAAAAGCAUUGACAAUAGUAUUUUUUUUAUGCCCAUAUCACAUUUUCAAAGUAAUUUAUUUACAAUCGUUAUUUGAUACUACUGAAUGAUAGCCUAGCCAUAAUAUAUAAAUCCAUUUUCCCCCGCUGGUAGUGAUAAAAAGCAUUGGAAGCAGUAUGAGCUCUAAUAGGCAAGUAGGUACAAUGGGGCAGCCAUCUGUGCAGCAAGUGUGGCUAACUUUUCUAGCAAACAAAAAAAAAAAUCCUUUGCUUGUUUGACAUAUCCUUCUUUAAAAUAUUUCAACCUGUGCAAGAUGUACUGGUCUGGUUGACACUUCAUAAAUACCUAAAUUAAUUUUCCCUUUUUUCAUUAAAUUGAAAUAAUUACGUGAUAUUUCAUGUAAAAUACUAGGGCCAGGGUAUGAAUAAGACUGCAAAGACAGGCUCUGUCUUUCUAUAUCAAUAUCACAAAGUACUCCAUCUUCAUUGUCAUUGUUACUGUGCCACCUGGGAAUCAAGAAGUGGUAAUGCAUGACAGUAUGGCUCAAUUUUGUUAGUGGUGAUUCUUUAAAAAAAUGCAUUAGAUAAACUUGUUUUUGUAGUUGAUAUUAAGAAGUUAACUGUGUUACUUUGGGAGAGUGAGUUCAGCUUCUGCCUGUGUUCUGCUGUUUGGGGUUUUGUGUUGCUUUUUUGCAUUUAAAAUCCAGUGUAGUUGGAAAAACAAACCCAAAACAAAUUAUGGAUUCUAAACAUUAAAAUACAAGAUCCUUUUCUAGUAUCAUAUCCUUUCAUUAGAAAGUUGAAAACCUGAGAGCCACAGGUGCAUAUUUCUGACUUUUGAAAUGAAAAUACAUUCAAGCCUCCACAGUUUGAUUAUGAUGAUCAUUAUCAACAUGUUAUAUUUGUUUCCAGCCUAGAUCUGGCAAUAUAGAAAUGCGCUACAAGAGGCAGGCAUGUGUCCAGGGCCUUUGGUCCAGAGAGACAAAGAGCAGAUGUAGAGGAUGGGCAUGCGACAAGAUGCUUUAGCAAGAAUGAAGAUGCAUGUUCAGGGUAAUAAGCUUUCAGUUGGUUUUGGUCUUGUGGAUAAGCCAGAGGAGAACGGCAUGCCAAGAGGAGAAAUAUAGUGUACAGAGGACCUACGUUAUUUGUAAUGCUUCAAGAUUUAUAAAACCCUGCUAAGUAGAUUUACUAAGUUUGAAGUCUCCACUAUUGUUGUGUUGGUUAUAGAAGUCUUAUGAAGAAAUUUGUAAGAAAUUUAGAAAAGGAAGUUAAAAGACUGAAGGUUGGUGAGGAAAUAUGCAAGAGGGAAUGGAGUAUGUAUGUGGCCUGGGGAGGUAGAGUGGGAUGUAGUCAAGGGGUUGAAGUGGCAAGAAAUGUUGUGGCAGAACCAAAGGAGUGGGAAGUGUUUGGAGGGGGAAAACAGGAUUUAAUUGUGUCUGCAUUGAGUUCAGUUUGAGGGAUUGGAAUGUAUUUAUCUGACAGGGGUAUCUGCUUAUUCUUCUUUUUUCAUAAUGUACGUGUCGCCAGCCAACCCCCGUGAAAAUGAGAGGAAAAUUGUAGCCAAGUCUUACUGGUGCACUCUGAGUUAAUGCCUGAAUAAACCUCAGCCUGAAAUAGGAAGACAUUAUGUUCUCUUUGGUUCUUAUGCAUUGUUUAAUUAAUGCAAAAAUGCGAAAUAUUCCAGUAACACAAAUUUUUUUAAUCUGAAAAAAAAUUUCUAGAAUUUAGAGAACAUAAACGUUUACUUAUCUGAAGUGCAGCUUUUAUUUAUAGUUCUUUAGAAAGUUUAAUAUAUUAUUUGAGAUCUGAAUUGAUUUUACAUCAGUUUAUGGUUUUUAUUAGCUUAUUUGACACAGAACCCCACAGUGCAGCAACUUUGUCAUAGCUUUUCAUUUGCCUUGCUUAUAUUACUUGUCAGCAUUAAUGGUUUAAAUGGAAGAUGGCUUACUAGCUAUUUGCUGAAUUUGGGAGGUCUUUUAUCCUCCUGAUGAGCUACCUAUAAAAACAUUAAUUUAUUAUUCCCUUUAUAAAUAUGUCUAUAUUCUCAGUGUCAGAAGUAAAGGUAUAAUGCAAAAAAUACAGGUGAAGGAGAUAGUGAUUUUUUUUUUUUAACCCUCAGGUUUGAUGGAACCAGUUGACCCCUCCCAGGGGCUGAGCGAGGCUGAGCGUUUCCAGUGACAUCUGACUUCAGCUGGCUCUACCAGUGCUCCAGGCGUUUCAGACUCUGGCUCUUAAUUUGUUUCUUGUAAUAGUAACAGUCCUCAGUUGUUUCUCUUUAAUGUUUUGAACAGCUUUCCCCCCCACCCCUACAUAUGUCUGAAUGGAAACAAAGGGCUUUUUAGCUGGUCCUGCAGUUCCUGAGGGAGAGAACUUGGGAAGAGCCGGGCAGGGUGUCUGAGUGACUUACGGUCUCGGCUGUAACCCAUGGCUGCUCUGGGGUCACUCGGGAGCAAUGAGAGCCUGGCCAGGAUUUUCCAGGUGAAUGUCUAUGUGCUGGGAAAAACUUUCCUUCUGUUGGCCAGAGAACUCUGCAUAAAUGCUCCAGCCAUAGAUCCAUGUCUGUAUAUUCCUCGUUUUGCACACAUGCUUGAGUUUGGGGAUAAGAACCACGAGGUGUCCAUGACGGCUCUCAGGCUGUUGCAGAGAAUGAAGCGGGACUGGAUGCACACCGGCCGCCGGCCCUCUGGGCUCUGUGGAGCAGCUCUGCUAGUAGCAGCAAGAAUGCAUGAUUUCCGACGUACUGUUAAAGAGGUCAUCAGGGUGGUCAAGGUUUGUGAGUCUACAUUAAGGAAAAGGUUGACCGAGUUUGAAGAUACACCAACAAGUCAGCUAACCAUAGAUGAGUUCAUGAAGAUUGACUUGGAAGAAGAAUGUGAUCCUCCUUCGUUUACAGCUGGUCAAAAAAAAUUGAAGCUACAGCAGCUUGAGAAGGCGCUAUCGAAAAAGCUGGAGGAUUUUGAAGGUGAAAUAUCGAGCUAUCAAGAUGAAAUAGAGAUUGAAUUAGAAAACAGUAGACCAAAAGCAAAAGGCGUAUUUGCAAAUUUCACUAAAGAUGAUUCUAUAGAAGAUAAUACCUCUAGCAUACUUGGAGAGGAGGAGGCAGAAGAUGAGGAACUGGAAGCAGCCGCUAAUCACUUAAACAAGGACUUUUAUAAUGAACUCCAUGAGAAGGACAGACUAAAGAAACAUGAAGAUGGGGAAUGCAAAAAUGGAAAUGAAGCUCUUGUAAGACCACCUGCACUGGAAUCCUUGCUCGGCCCGCUCCCCACUGCAGCUAGCCUUGGCAUAACAGAGUCCAUAAAAGAGUGCAUAUCCACUAAGGACCGAGAGCCUGGUGAGAAUACAGGAGAUGGUGAAUUAGAUCUGAGUGGGAUCGACGACAGUGAAAUAGAUCGGUAUAUACUUAACGAAACAGAAGCUCAGAUAAAAGCAGAGCUGUGGAUGAAAGAAAAUGCAGAUUAUUUGAAGGAACAAAAAGAAAAGGAAGCAAGAAUAGCAAAAGAGAAAGAACUUGGGAUUUAUAAGGAACACAAGCCAAAGAAAUCUGCAAAGAAGCGGGAGCCAAUUCAAGCCAGCACAGCAGGAGAGGCAAUUGAAAAGAUGUUAGAACAGAAGAAAAUCUCAAGUAAAAUUAAUUAUAAUGUGCUAAGGGACCUGAACAGCAAAGGAAGUAACACACCAAAGAAAGAGGAUGACAGCACUGAUGACAGCACCAACACCAAGAAGCUGUCAAGAAGAAAAUCUAUUGCCAGUAGGAAUAUAGCCAACCCUGUAAACAGUGUGGGAAAAAGAUUAAGACCCUUGAUUUCAACACAGCUUGCUAAAAAGGCUGCCACUGAAGAGGUGACUUUUCCAAAUGCACAAGCAGAAGCCCCCGACUUAGAAAAACCAGCAGCUGUGCUAGUGGAGAGUGGCCCAGUAGCUUACAACCCCGAUGAAGAGGUGGAAGAGGAAGAAAUAGAAGAAGAUGAUGAUCACUGCAUGAGCGCCUUGCAGUUAAUGGGAGGAAAUGAUUAUGGCUGUGAUAUGGACGAUGAUGAUGGCUAUUAGUUCCCUUUACUUCCAACGGACAUGGACUGUGUCUUGUUCCCAGCAAAUCUUCAGUCUUCAAACUGUAUGAAUAGUGAAAGAAGCUGUCUAUGGUCGGCAAAUGUAAUCGAACAAUCCUUACUUUUGUAAAGCGAAUUUUAGGUUGGCAUUGACUCUGGUCAGUUUACAUUGACCCGUAACCCAGCAAUAAAGUUUGGGUUUGUACUUGAAUUUUUUUUUUUUUUUUUAUUUUGGUGGAUCGUAGUUUAAGGAUGAAAUUAAUGGGAGUAAUGUUUCCAGAGGACAAAAGAAAAGAGACAAAAUAGACUGUGUAUAAAGCAUGCGUGGCUGAAAGCAACACAUCUCUUAUUUAUGUGACUCUGCUUUUAGGCAUGCUGUUGAAAGGGAGCAGAUUGAAGGACAGAUAGGAGGACAGGUGAAAACGAGAAGUUUGCCUGUUGAUUAUUUGAGUCCAGUAGCAUUAGUUGUCUCAUAAUGCUAUAACCGAAAGAAAGAAAGAAAGAAAACCUUUCCAACCUGUAUUGUAAACAUGACCCUGUUAUUGUAUACAAGCUUCCUUACCCAGGCCUAUCAAAAAUUAAUGACAAGUUAUAUAUUUGCAGGGCAGUAUCGGUUUCUCUGAAAUGAAGUAAAGACUUCUUUAUGUUAAUCAAUUCAUGGAUUUUUGAAAAGAUAUGACAAUAGAAGGCGAAUAGUUGGCAGCGGAGAAUCAUCUUCCACUGCGAGUCCGGUGCGGUUUGUGUGGAAGGAGGGAGAAGACCUGGGCGAGGCAAGAAGUGUAGAGAGCAAGUGGGUGAAGAUGGUGUGCUCACGUGCCUUUGCUGGGCGUCCCUCGGGACAGCCAGGUCUUGUUGCCGCUGGUAUUUCUGCAGGAGGGUCACCCUGCCCGUCCUGUGGAGCUGCUCUUGUCCGACUGAGUUAGAGUGAAGGUCUGCUUCCGAGGGCUGCCUGUCUCUAAAACCAGUUGAAAGAAAGAGAAAGCUGAGCUUUUUAAUAAAUAAGCUAGCAUCUGCUUUGGCUGAAUUUAAUUUAUUGUAAUUUAUUUAACUUUCUGUGGGUAAAUUGAAGGUCACCAUGCAGCAGUCUGACUUUCAUGGCUCAAAUCCCACCCUUGAACAGUUGCUGCUACGUGAAUAAUGGUGGAGCUCCAGCCUCGUGCCCCCCGAAAUGUCAACAGGCGGGUCCUUCUCAGCCAGAUACACCAGCUCUCGCAACGCCGUGAGAGCGGGGAUCAGGGAUGGAGCCCCUGUUGCCCAAUCCCACCCUGUUGCCUCUGACCUGACUUUCCCUGGCACUGCUGGGUCCGAGGCCCUCAGCUGAGUGGGAAAUGCGCUGCACUCCGGAUCACGCUCUUGAUGACUGCAGCUGCAGGAGCCAAGAUGUUUUCAUCUCUCUCCCUUGUCUCGUGACAAUCAUGAAAACUGUAGCACUGCAGCUUGUCUUACACCAGGGAAAGAGAGAUAUUUAUCCUACCAAUGUGUUUUUUGUUACGCAGUCUCUCCUGGUCAGCUUGUCGUUCCUGCCCUUUUUGAGGAGUGCUCAUCACUACAGCACCAUCCAUCCUCCCGCUGCGGAGGGUGGAUCAUGGCAGGAAAAGACGCUGCCUUGGGAAGCUCUCUAGCUACUGCCAGCCAGAGUGACGAUGAUGCUCAUACCUGUGGUCGUCACCAAAGAGGGGAAGGGCCAGAUGGCCUUCCAUACCUCUUCCGUCCCUCCCAGUAGCAUGCAAAAGAGGGAUCGUGUAACUAGAGCAAGAGCAAGUGCUUUUCUUUUAGGAGCAGGCUUGAUAUUAUUUGGCUGGUAAAUGUAGUUUGUUGGGUAGGUUGUAUCUGCUAGAUACUGUUGAGCCCUGUAGAGGAGUAUUUCUGCAAUGACUUCUUAAAAGCAGAACUCGGUAGCAAAAAUGAUGUAGUGAGGCUAAUGGGAAGAAGAGCUCUUCUGAACUAGAUUUCAGUUACUUAGUUUGCGGCACUUAAGUGGAAAGAGAUUCCGUAUAAUUCUUAGGGGAAAAGCUGGCAUUUUCACAGAAAAACUAUAGAUUUUUUCUGAUACUUUAUAAAUACUGCACAGAAAAUGAUACUGAGGAGAUAAACCUUUCUACCUCUCUUUUAUCUACACCGUAAAUUCAAAAUCAUGCUAUAAGCAGAAAUUUUUUAAAAAGCAGUUUGUUUUGUCGAAGUUCAUGCUCUGCAAGUCUUUGAGACAGAUGAGUUUGAGCAUUUGGCUUUGAAUUAAUCUGCCAAUAGCGCUAUUACACAUACCCAUACUCUCAGUAUAUUCUCAAAGCUUGGAUUUUAUUCCAAGGUACACAUUAUUCUCUAUGCAGGAAAUAAACAUGCAUAAAUAAACAUGUGUAUGACUCAUGUAGGUCGAGUGCUUUUCUCAGAUGCGUGGUGUUGACUCUUAAAGAAACCCCUAAGAUGAUAUUGCUAAGGGUCUUUCCUCCAGUCUUCUGUGUAGAUUUUCAUCGGUUUGUUCCCCCAAAGGAUACUAAACCUGCUGCCGCGUAGCGAUGUUACGUGCAGGAGCUGAGAGUCCACCCAAAUAACCGCCGCUAGUAAACUCGAAUUUCAGUAGCACAUUGCGUUUCUGAGAACAUUGUUUCCUGCACUGGAAGCAGAGGAUUGCAGUUUUUGAAUGCUCUCGUAAGAUUUGAUUAGGAAAGGCUAUCGCGUAGUCUGCUAGAAAGGCGCUUGGAGAGGAAAGGAAAAAAAUCAAAUAAAGACCUACAAUUCCGUAGCAUCUCAGUAUUGCUGGUGAAGUUAACGGCGUGGUUUCUGUACAGGGGUCCUCGAGGAAAGGCCGUGGUGUCGGAUAGGCAGACUUCACUGAGCAUUGUAAGGCUUCUUAAGCUAUAGUGGUUAUGUGCAUUUUUAAUUUAUUGGUGACUUACCGGGAGUUUUAUAAUGUCCAUUCCAUCUUGAUUUAACUAAGCUCAGGAAAUGUAAACAGAUUAGAACAUGCUAGUUUCUGUUUUUAUAGCUAGUCAUUAAAAUGUAAAAAGAUUAACACUGCAUUAACUCUGUUUACUACUGCUGAUGUAUCUGGACAAUUUUGUUGUACAUAAGUGAGCCUAAAUUCACUUGGAGUAAUUUGGACCCUGCUUUUCUCAGGAUUCUGAUUAUAAUGAAGAGAGCUUAUAAGGCUUCAACGUUUGUUGUUCUUAGAUCUUCUUAUUUGAACCCACACAAGCUGUGUGUCAUCGGUUUUGUUGCAUAAAGCAUGUCUCUUGCUGCAAGUCACUUUGCUUGACAAGACAAAACCCUCCAGCUGUUGUAUCCAGCUUGUCUGCCGUGCAGCCUUUCAACACUGUUGUAUUGUGGGAGUAAAAAAUGAAAGAAAUAAGGAAAAUAAUGUGUUUCUUCACUAUGGUAAGUGCAUUUUCAGUGUCUUAUGACGUUUCUUUAAAAUCACUGUGUUCAGUAUAGCAACUUUUAAAUGGUGCCAGACAGCCUUGUCUUGAGGGUUAAACGUGUUCGUUGAAAAAGUUCUUGCCAUCCUGAUGGCUUGUUUGUAUGCUUUGGAUUGCAUUGAAACUCCAGUCGCAGAUGUGUACAGUUAAUGUAAAGUUUGCCUAAUAAAUGUUCUGUUUCUUAUUUUUGUGUUGAAUCCUUGCAUUUGGUUCAGUUAGUGCCAAGGAAGUUAAACCUGUUUGAUGUAAGCAUAUGUAUCAUCCUUACACAACCACAAUAUGAGCCAUGUUAAGCUUUUUUACUGUAAUAUAUUUGCUGUAAAUAAAAAGUAAAGCCCUUGCUUAUCCCA